CAUAAAGUCAAUCAAUAAGUUUGGAGCAGCAUUCAUGAAUUAAAAAGCAUGAAGAAGUUACAAGGUGACUGUGUCUCUUGGCUGGUCCUUUUGACUGGAGCUGCUCAGUUCAUACUAGUGUGUGGAGAGGGAGUGUACCUAUCUUUGGGAUCAACCAACAUCACCACUAACAACACUGAGAUCCUCAUCACUGACAUUGGAGAUUAUGUUGGGAUUGGUCGUCCUUCUCUCAUCUGUCACACUGACCUAGUGGCCUGUUGUACACCCAGUGAGACAAUGGAAAGAGGAAUUGGACUCUGGCGCUAUCCAAAUGGUGAUCGUGUUCUUGGUAUAUCAGGAAUGAACUCAGCAUCUCUACCGUUUGUGUCAUUGAGAAAUGUUCAAUCUAUUAAACUGGUUCGUAGAGAAUACUUUACCCCUCCUACCCUGAGUCCAACUGGUUCCUACUGUUGUAUUAUAUCAACAAAUGGAGGAGAAAUGACCUUCUGUGCCAACCUGGUUGCGUGCCCGUCUCUCCCUGCCCUGAACCAUGGAAUAGUCUCAUACAGCAACUCAACACUGGGUCUGUUCACUGUGGCCACCUACACCUGUGACACUGGCUACACUCUCAAUGGAGGCGCUACCCGGACUUGUGGGAGUGAUGGAAUGUGGAGUGGGUUAGAUCCAGUCUGUCAGAGUAUCUGCUCUGACUUACCCUCACUGACCAAUGGGAUGAUCUCCUACAGUGAUGGAUCUCCUGACAACAGACAAGUGGGCACUCUAGCUAUCCACAGCUGUAAUCUUGGCUACACUCUCAAUGGAGAGAGCUUGUUCAGGAUCUGUAAGAGUGAAGGGGAGUGGAGUGGGUCAGAUUAUAUAGUGUGUCAGCGUAUCUGCUCUGACUUACCCUCACUGACCAAUGGGAUGAUCUCCUACAGUGAUGGAUCUCCUAACAACAGACAAGUGGGCACUGUGGCCACCUACACCUGUGAUACUGACUACACUCUCAAUGGAGGCAGCACCAGGAAUUGUGAGCGUGAUGGAGUGUGGAGUGGGUCACCUCCAGUGUGUCAGCAGAUAAUGAUAUGUUCUGACCUAACUCUCACCAAUGGAGAUGUUGUCUACAGUGAUGGAUCCCCUGACAACAGAUCUAUUUUUUCUGUGGCCACCUACAGGUGCAAUCCCGGUUACACUCUCACUGGAAGGGACACCACCAGGACCUGUGUGAGUGGAGGGAGAUGGAGUGGGUCAGCUCCGUAUUGUCUAGCCAUUGAGUGUUCUCCUCUACCGACCAUUACCAAUAGCAUGAUCUCCUACUCUCCUGAUGUUAUCCCUGACUAUGACCUGGGAACUGAGGCAACCUACACUUGUGAGGCUGGGUUCUAUCUUGAGGGUAAUGAGGUACGAGUGUGUAUGGAUGAUGAUGGAAUGGACGCCAUUGGAGUGUGGAGUGAUCAGGAGCUAAGCUGUGUCCCUAUUCAGUGUCCUCCUCUGGAACCCAUUAGCAAUAGUUUCAUCAACUACGCUCCCGGCAACACACCUGCAUAUGAUCUGAGCACUGUGGCCACUUAUGCCUGUGACGCUGGGUUUGUUUUGGACCUCUCCCUGGGGGGAUCUGAGAUGAGAACUUGUAUGGAUGAUAAUGGACUGGAUGCUAUUGGAGUGUUUGAUAGACAGGCACCAAGCUGUGUCUCCAUUAUGUGUCGUUCUCUACCAGCCAUUAGCAAUGGUAUGAUCUCCUACUCUCCUGAUGUCAUUCCUGACUAUGACCUGGGAACUGAGGCAACCUACACUUGUGAGGCUGGGUUCUAUCUUGAGGGUAAUGAGGUACGAGUGUGUAUGGAUGAUGAUGGAAUGGACGCUAUUGGAGUGUGGAGUGGUCGGGAGGAAAGCUGUGUCCCUAUCACUUGUCCUCGUCUCCCUAAUCAAACCUACACUUCAAUAACCUACUCUACUGACAUCACACCACCUUUCCCCUUUGGAACACGAGCAAUGUACACCAUCAGCUGCCCUGAGGGCAUGGAGAGGGAUGGAAGAGAUGAUGUGAGGACUUGCACUAGUGAUGGACGUAGUGCAGUGGGUGUGUGGAGUGGAACUGCUCCAAUCUGUGCAGUUCAGAAGGUGUAUCUAUCUCAUGGGAACACACACUACUAUACCAACAACACUGCCAUCAUAAUUUCAAGCAUUAUGACAACAGAUGACACAUCCUUGACCUGUCAAACUGACUCAGCCACCUGCUGUAGAGGUGUAGACAAUCCAGCUGGAGCUAAUGGUUUUGGAGAGUGGCUGUUCCCUAAUCAAACAAUGAUUACUCGGAACAAAGUCACUGGUGAUGAGUUUUACUCAGUCAGAAACUUUCAGAUUGUCAGACUCUAUCGUCAAGGUGAUAUCCAGUCUCCACUGGGACGCUACUGCUGUAGAAUAUCCGACAGUGCGAGUGGAGUGUUGAGGAUAUUCUGUGCUAAUCUUGUUGAAAACAACAUUCGAUGUCCCUCUGACUCGGUGAUGGUUACCACUAAUGGGAUAGUCUCAUUCUCUAGUCCAGUGGAAGGUGGCAGUUACGUGUAUGGAACUGUGGCCACCUUUUCUUGUUCUCCUGGUUUUAGUCUUGAUGGUACCUCAACUAGAACAUGUGAGACUGAACAGGGAACAUUUAGUGGCACCACCCCAUCUUGUAUAGCAAUCACCUGCUCUACUGGCCCUAAUGAUGUUGCCAAUGGGGUGAUUGUCUACUCCAGUGACACACCUCCACCUUAUGACUAUGGAACAACAGCUAUGUAUGAGUGUGACCCUGGGUAUGAGCUAACAAGUGGACCCAGUAAGAGAAUCUGUACUGGUGAUGGUAACAGCUCAGUAGGAUAUUGGAGUGGAAGUAUCGCAGUUUGUUCAGACAUUGAUGAAUGCUCUGGUACUGCUCAUGGCUGUGAUCAUAUCUGCACCAACACUCCUCCUGGAUCAUACACCUGUGACUGCAACUCAGGAUAUCGACUAAUUGCUGCUGAUGGAAGAGGAUGUGAUGAUAUUGAUGAGUGUUCUGAACUGUCCAACAUCUGCCACCAAGUGUGUACCAACACUGAGGGAUCAUUCACCUGUGGAUGUGAGGCAGGAUAUGUGCUGGACACUGACAGAGCAUCAUGUUCUGGUAUCACCUGCUCUGAAUCUGCUGUCCGCAGUGAUAUUGCUGGCAAUGGGAUGAUUGUUUACUCCAGUGGCAGCACAACUCCACCCUUUGACUAUGGAACAACAGCUACGUAUCAAUGCAACAACGGAUAUAGUCUAGCGAGUGGAGACAGUGUGAGGACCUGUACUGGUGAUGGUAGGAGUUCAGUGGGAGAGUGGAAUGGUGCUGCUCCUCAAUGUUCACCUGUGGACUGUGGGACUCCUCCGUCUAUUACCAAUGGAUCUCGUGGGAUACCAACAACCACAACAUUCACAGGGACAGUGACCUACAGCUGUAAUGAUGGAUAUACACUAUUUGGGAUUGCUACAAGUACUUGUCAGGCAAAUGCAACCUGGAGCAGACCACCAGAAUGCAGAGCUAAUGCAACUGCAAUGGCCUGUACUGAUCUGAUGGAUCUAGUCAAUGGACAUAUUUCUUACGAUAUGGAGACCAUUGAUAACAGACCAGUGGACACUGUGGCCACCUUCACCUGUGUCACUGAUUACACUCUCAAUGGAGACACCACCAGGACUUGUGAGAGUGAUGGAAUGUGGAGUGGGUCAGAUCCAACGUGUGAUGCUAUUAUUGAGUGUUCUCCUCUACCGACCAUUACCAAUGGCACCAUAUCUUAUUCUCCUGAUGUCACCCCUGACUAUGACCUGGGAACUAAGGCAACCUAUACUUGUGAGGCUGGGUUCUAUCUUGAGGGUAGUGAGGUACGAGUGUGUAUGGAUGAUGAUGGAAUGGAUACCAUUGGAGUGUGGAGUGGUCAGCAGGCUAGCUGUGUUCUCGUCCCCCCUUCUGUACGCUCAGUAUUGUUCCAACUCAAACUCACUAACAUCAACAACUGUCCUGACUGGGUGGACCAGGAUGGGAGGAUAGAAGCUGUGAUGAGCACGUUUGCUGCCGAGAUGGAGAGUCACUGUGGGUGUGGCUUCUCAAGCAUGGUCAUGACUGCCCCUCUCUUCCGCUGCUUCCCUGGGUCAAGCACAGCUGUCACAUUUCGAGCCACUCUGUCCGAUUCCAGGCUCCUCACUCCCAUACAGGACUGGAUACAAACCAAUGGAUUCAUUCCCAUUCAGAAUGUACUGAUUGAGGUGGACAAGUCUUGUCCAGUGGAGAUAUCGAGCCUUGCAGACACAGAGUGCACCAAUCAGCCUACAGCUGCAGGAAGCAGUGACAUAACUGCUGUGGUCGGUGGAGUGGUGGGAGGAGUUGUAGGGGUGGUCAUUGUCGUUGUGGUGGGCAUUGUCAUCAUAGUGAUUGCUGUACUGGUGUUCAAGAGCAGGAGAGAGAAUUCGAAACUGGCCGUCCACAGAAGAACAAAACCUGACCUACCACCAGCAUCGCUAAAGGGUGUUGUUAAUACUGGUGAGAUACAAUCAUACGAUAUGAUGGAAAUGGGUCACGAAUAUGAGGAAGUGUCCAAGUUCCAACGAGCCGUUGAUGGAGAGUAUGAGAUCAUUGGAGCACCCUCACAGACAACUGGCUCAGAUAGCAAGACUCCUAUAAAGACUGAGUCAUCACCACCCACUCCACCCACACCACAACCCUCAGAAGCGACUAAAGCUCCCGGAAAUGAUAUUGAGUUUACAGAGUGUGUUGCUUACAGCACGACCACCCACAGUCGCCCCCCACAGCCUACAGGCUUAUGAACUAUAACAUGAAACUGCAAACUAGUUGACUGCUCUAGUAAUUGAUAGGAUAAUUUACAUUUAUGUGCUUGUAUAUAUUUGCAUGGCUAUUAUAUACAUAUUUGCAUG